CAUUCUAAUUACAUUUUUAAAUUACAUUUUAACCUUUUCUCUAUUAAACAUAUAAUAUACAACAAUAAUGGUUGUUGUUUCUGAUGUCUUGAUUCACAUUCUAUCCAAGCUUUCACCAGAAUCUCUUCUCCGAUUCAACUCAGUUUGUAAAUCCUGGUAUGCUCUUAUCAACGACCCUAAAUUUGUAACUAAACAUCUCUUAGAUUCUUUUUCCCACAAGCAUGUUCUCCUUCAACGUAUCAUCACCAACAACUCUGGCAAAAAAGAACACGUGUUCUCAGUCCUUGAAUUUUCUCUUGAUCGAUCUGUGUCGUCUGUUUACGACGUCCCUUUACCAUUUCAUGAGGGUCCUCGACCAUGUUUAUCAUAUCUGAUUCUUCCAAAUUUAGACGUUAGAGGUCAUUCUCACGACUUAAUUUGUCUAAGCGAUCAUAAUCGUGAUAUUUUUCUUUGUAAUCCCAUGACGAGGCAGUGUCGUAAACUUCCUCCAACAAUUCUUGUGAUCCCUGAACCUGAAGGCCCUAUUAGUUUAAGGCUGGGAGUUGUCGGAUUUGGGUACGAUGUGAAGUGUAGGGAUUUCAAAGUGGUUAAAGUUGUGAGUCUUCGGAGAGGAUUUGUACGAUAUCCUUCAAGAGUGGAAAUUUAUGAUUUGAGAAAAGAUAGAUGGAGAGAAAUUAAAACCCUUGUUGAUGUCAACUUUUUAUGCCACCCUUCAUUUGACAUGUAUCACGAAGGAACAUUUUACUGGUUGGGGAUACAUUUACCAAGUGAAAAAGAAGCUAUACUAACAUUUGACAUGAGCAAAGAGACUUUUGGAAAAAUUUCAAUCCCAGAGUGUUUUCACUCUCUCGUGGAUCAUUUUACAACUUUAAUGGUUUUUGAUGGAUGUUUACGUAUAAUUUCUUAUCUAGGAUAUGAAAGCAAUGAUAAAGUUUUUGAUAUUUGGGAGAUGGAGAUUGAUGGAGUUUCGUGGUCAAAACUAUUGACGAUUGGCCCUCUUUUUGAAAUUAAACGUCCAUUGUUCUUUUUAAGCUCCAAUGAACUUUUAAUGGAUUCAGAAGAAAGACAAAUGAUUUUGUAUGAUUGUAAAACUCAACAAAUCAAAGAGCUGCAAGUCAGAAGUGAACGAAUGUCUGUACGCGAUAAUUUAAGCCGGUUUGCAGGUACUAAUUUGUUCGUUAAAAGUUUGGUAUCUGUGGAAGGAGGAAAUAAUAUGAGUUAUGAGUUUUAGUAUUUUUCCAAACUUUGUUUAAUUUAGAUAAAGUUUAGAUGGAUGGGAGCAAAUGUUGGUUUUGUUUUGAGAGACCAUUUAACUUUCAAAUAAUAAAAAAAUAUUGUAUUACU